CGGAGGCGGAAGCGCGCUCUCGCGGCGGAAUCAAACGUCAACAUGGAGGGGGUGACUGCCUCUCCCCAUUUGCAAGAUGAAGAUGAAGAUGUGGCUCAGUCUGUUGGAGAAUCCUUCACAAACUUACUAGGAGCCCAAAGUCACAGCAGUGGCAGCCAGGACCAGAAGCAGCCCAGGCUGCAAACAGAUGGCUGGGAGCCUCUUACGCCUGUGGAAAAUUCUUUGUACUUAAAAUUUCAGGACAGUAACCUCUCUCCGACACUUUCCCUGUUGCCUGUAAUAUCUGAAGUGCAACACAACCUUACUGAAUUUUCAUUAUUCCACCAGAGUGAUACAGAAUUUGCUCCUUUAAGGGCACAUCCUGAUAUUUCCAUGGCAUCCGGGAGGUUUGACAUUCCACCCCAGGAUCGAACCACGCCUUUCUCUGAUCGUGGCUCACUGUCCCAGCACCCUUUGGCCCAGGCAACCAUCCUUUCCGAAGAAGGAGCAAACAGCUGCUUCUCUCUUUCUCAGCACAGUUUAUCACUAAGUAACCGAGAAACACAAGAGGACCUAGGUCAUCCAUCUAUGACAGAUAUCAGACAGGAACUACGAUCGAGAGGAGAUAGAGGGAGUAGAGAGAAGAACUCUGAGAUACCAGGUUACCCCAGAGAUAUGCGUGUAGGAGGCAGUCCCUACAAAGGAGAGUAUUCCAGGUCCAGCGUUCUGUCAGUGGACUCCAGUGUGUCCAUACCGUUCAGCCUGGACAGUCUCGGUCCAGCUGCAUCCAUCCCAGAGCCGGCCAGACUAAGGACGUUUCCUCCAUCAGAUACAGAAUCUGUCCAGACUGGAGGCCGACUGGCACCCCUUUCCCAACCUGAUGAAAUCCCCCACCCCUCCUCACUGACGACCAGCCAGCAACCCCGGGACAACACGCAGGAUAUCAGCCGUAUCGGAGACAGAUCAGACCCCGACUUGUCACUAACUACGAAGGCGAGUGGCAUGGGAAGGAAGUCUGAGUCACUUUUGCGAAGCAAACGUCAUGAGGAUCAAGGUGUAGAAGAUUCCUUGGUUAGCACCAAUGCGGGGUCAGAAAAUAUAAAAGAGAUCAAAACCAGCGGGCUUCAAAACCUCUCACUUUCCUCCACUUCCACCGCUGCAGGCCUCAGAACUCACACCUCAGAUCUAUGGACCAGAUCCUCAUCACACUCCAUGCCAGCGUCAGAGAAAAAGAGGCAAAGCUCUGUUGGUCGAGAGGUUACGAGCUCAUCACAGCAAACUGAUAAUCCACCUUUACAAGCUGUUCCUGCUGCACCGACGACUGGGACGUUCAAAACACCACAAGACCGCAGUGUUGUGAACAGUAAAGGGACAUCGGUUGUCCUCUCCAAGUCGGUGCAGAGGACGGAGCCUGAGGGCUGCAGUGCCGUUCCUCCUGAUAACGCUCCAGCGCAGCUUCAGGCUGUCACGGCUCCAGCAGCCGUGAGCACACAGCAGCUCGCUGCUGCUGCUGCUGCUGCUGCAGUCACAGGCCUGGAGGAGGAAGACAAGGCCGCUCUGGGAGUUAUUGCACUGAGCCGUUCCUCCUCAGCCAUCGUUGAGGAAGGUGAGGAGGGAGACAGCAGUGAUGGGAGCAGUCAGAGUUCAUUGGCAGUCAGAGUGGCAAAGUUACUCCAGAAAGAAUCUCCAUCUACCCUGGUCUCCAGCACUCCCAGCAUCACAGACCAGGAGGACGGCAGAGCCAUAGAGUGGGUCAAGUUGAAGACGUCAGAACGGUGUGAGCCGCUGGAGUUGGACUUAGAAGAUAGGAAACGGAUCGAGGAGAUCAAAAGAGAGCUGCUAUUAAGAAACCCUUUAAAGAGCCAGGGGAGCACAGAUACGGAGAGCAGCUCAGGGUUCAGUGUUAAAGUCCACAAGGAGCAGAAUGCCCCAGACUCUGUAGAGACGUUUUCCACCUUGACUGACAGUAACAACCGCAGAGGCCUCAGCGUGAGUCAGCCUGACUCCAGCGCUCGGGGACAGAGUUUUCCUCCUCCUGAUCUCGAGGCUCGAGUAUGUGAGAUCGCUGACAGAGAAGGAAUAACCCUCCCUGCCAAAAAACCUCAGGCCUUCCCAUCCGCCACCUUCGCCUCCUGCAAGCGCUCUGCCUCCCCUCUGCUUAGUUCCUCUCCCGUCAUCCCCCCCAGCUCGGGCUCCGACCCUCUCCACCUGACGGAGCUCUCCGCAGGAACAGUACGGCCCCCAGUCGCCAACAAGCAGCUUUCCCCAGAUCUGGAUGGAAAGGACAGAACGACAUUAGUACAGCAAACAACCAGAACACCAUCUAAUGUUGAAUGGAGUGGCAGAAGUGUGACUCCUCAGUCAGUACCAGCAACGCAGAAGAGACAAGAUACUCUAGGAGGCCGGGGUGAAGAGCUGCCCUCACCCGUCUGUGGUUUACAAGAAGACAUGACUGGCAAUCAGGAGUUAUCUGCCCACCCCAGCCCUGUUUCAGGAGUUGAUCCUGUUGAUCAGGCGACUGCUCCAUCCUCUGUUGGAAACUCCACCUGGACAGGUCUACACUCCAUCUCCAAUGUCCAUCUCAGUCUGUCCACCGAAGCUUCCUCUGCUGUCCACUCCAGCCACGUUGAUGCUGUUUCAGAGCAGCCACGCGGAGCCUUCCUCCCCCUCAGAAACUCCUCUGCUGCCAGCAGUCCAGAUGAAGGUGUUGGUUCAUCCAGUCCAGUAGAGAAUUAUGAACCCAGAGAGCCCGGCCAAUCAGAGGCCAGCCUUAAAAACGUUCCUCAGGGAAGAGCGACUGCCAGAUCCUUAAAGUCUGCUGUACCACCUCAUCAAUCUGACACUUCAAGACCCCACACCGUGCCCUUUGCACCAGUUCCUGUGCUGCUCCCUUACAAACCCCGGGGCAGUGACGAGCUCUUCUACGUCCCGCAGGCAGAAGCCGACGUCUCCUCAGAGGAACCGUCUGACACCACGGUGGAGAGCUCCCACACAGGCUCCGACGACGCCGUGCCUCCUCGCUUUAGCAGUGAGGUUCUGGGACACCAGGACCCGGGUCUGGACCGGGGCAUCACAUUCAGGCACGCAGAAGGAAUCUACAACAAGAGGAUGAAAACGGCCUUCAAAAUGCAACAACCUGAACACAGAGAUGUCUCUGCUGCAGGAGAGAAGUCGUCACCAACCGUGAGCCGCGCUCUAAAGCCGGUUCCCCUCCCCAGAGUCUCCCGGAGAGACCAGGGAACCAGCCCCGUCCAGUUCCCCCAACAUGAGCCGUCUGAGCCGGGAGUUCAUGUCCAUGUAGAGAAGGUUCAGACCCGAGUCCCUCAGGACCGGCAGAGAACCGUCCUCCCUCAGCCGGCCCGGCAGCGCAGCAGCAGCACCCUGGACCAGCUGUGGCAGAAGUUCUGCGACCGCUGGACCGUGGAGGAGUCACACGUGGUCCAGGACAGAGACGCUGCACUAGUGGAGCGUCUGGAGCGCCUCUCUCGCCUGAUUCACGGCACCAGGGCUGCCGGUGGACCUCCGGUUCAGGGACAGGGGGACAUUCAACCACCACACAAGCUCAGGACGGAGAGGGAAAGGAGAGAAGGGGGAGAAGCUUAUCAAGAGAGAAGGAGGGAUGAACAUAGUGCAGCCAGAGAAGUAGAGAGGAUCCAGCUGAGGCUCCGGGCUGAGAAACCUCUGCAGCCUGCAGAGAGCAGCCGCGCCUCCCUGUCGUCCUCCGUCUCUCACGGCUCCUCCCAGACCUCCCCGGCACCCGCAGACCGGUCCGAGACGUUGUCCACCACCUCCAUGUCCACCGUUGACACGGAGCGGCUGAUCCGAGCCUUCGGCGCCCACAGGGUGCAGAGACUGAGCGGCAGCUCCAGCCUGAGCCGACUGUACAGCAGCAUCAACAAGCAGAGGGGAGAGGGGGAGUGGGGAGGGGGGGUGGACCCCCGUCAUCUCAUCACACCCUCGGGGACGACUGGGACUGAUGAAGUACGUAUCUCUGCAGAUCCCUGCUCUCACACAGUUAAGAUGUUAGAAAAACAGUCAUUUAUUUGCAGUAUUACUGUCUCAGAAAAUUAG